AUGAGCCGGAAGCUCGCCCCCGAAGCCAAUCGGAUUCUCUUUGUCAAGAACCUCAACUACAACGUAACUGCUGAGCAACUAUUCGACCUUUUUGGCAAGUUCGGACCUAUCAGACAAAUACGUCAGGGUAUUGCGAACAACUCGAAGGGCACCGCAUUUGUAGUAUACGAAGACGUUCACGACGCCAAACAGGCAUGCGAUAAGCUCAAUGGAUUCAAUUUCCAGAACAGAUACCUCGUCGUACUAUACCACCAGCCAGAGAAAAUGCUCAAGUCGAAAGAGGACUUGGCGGAAAGGCAAGAGAAUUUGGAACGUCUUAAACAGCAGCACGGUAUAGAAUGA